GGGGUGGCGCACCAUAGCAACCGGCCUCUGCGUCUGGGAAGUAGACUCCACCGGGCUUUCUUAGUUUCCUCUCGCCACCAACCCAAAGAGACUUGAAGAUGUAUAGCCAGCGGUUUGGCACUGUUCCAAGGGAGUUUAAGGGCCCCACUCCCAAAGCGGUGAUCAUAAGAGCCAAGCCUCCCAAGGCUCAGAGGGCUGAGCAACAUCUAAAAAGGAUCCAGCGCAGCUACCACAAGUACCACACUACUUUGGCUUCCAUCAAAUCAAAUGAGCAGUACCGCCUGAGAUGCGACUGGAUCCAGCACAGCGACCGCAGGUCCUUCGGCAGUCUCGUGCAAGCAAGAGUCAAGGAUGCCAUGCAAGGCUUUGUCAUCAAUACCGAAGAGAGACGAAAUAAGCUACGUGACCUUUUGGCAUCAGAAGAAAAUGAGUAUUUUUCUGAAAUGCAAUUGAAAGGAGAAACCAUUGAAGAGAAAAAAGAAAAAAUGAGAGAGAGAACCAAGUUAUUAAGAGAGAAGAAAGAAAAGGAGAGGCAGGAGUUUGUAGCUGAAAAGUUAGACCAGCAGUUCAGGGAGCGCUGUGAGGAGCUCCGCACUAAAUUGGCUAGCGUCCAUGAGAAAAAGGUGGUUGAGGAACGGAACGCACAGGUAGAAUUCAACAAGGAGCUGAAGAGGCAAAAGCUGGUGGAAGAGCAGCUGUUCGCCAGGCUUUGGGAGGAAGACAGAUUAGCGAAGGAAAGGCGAGAAGCCCAAGACCAGAAGAGACAGAGAGAUCUGGUACAAAAUACACGCCUGGGGCUGGAUGCUCAGGUCACCAGCAACCAGGCACAAAGGGAGGCUGCGCGACGGAUGAAGGAAGAGGAAGCCCGCUUCCUGGAGCAAAACAAAGCACAGGUUAAGCGAGAGGACGAACAAGAAAAGCUCCAGAAGCAGAAGACAAGACAGGAAACGAGGAACAGUUUGAAAAAAGCCGUGCAAGAGAAGAUGGACUCUAUGCAGCAGGAGUACAGACAGGACCUGGACUUGAACAUGAAGCUCGUGGGAAGGGCCCUUCAAGACUUACAAGAUGAGGCAGACAAGAAGAAGCAGAAGAGAGAAGACAUGGGAAGAGAACAGAAGAUAUACAACGAUUAUCUAAUGCAGCGACAAAAGGAAGAAAAAGCCCAGGAGAAAGAACUGGACAGACUACUAGAGGACAUAAAGGCAAAGAAGAUGGCUGAGAAGGAUCGGGAGCUGGCUCUCGAAAAGGAGGCAAGGAAGCAACUCAUGAAUGAAGUCAUGUGUACAAGAAAACUCCAAGUUCAAGAAAAACUGCAGCGAAAACUCAGAGAACAAGAAGAACUUGCUCUGCAUGAACAGCGCAUGAAGGAGAGCCUGAAGGUGCUACACCAGGAAGACAUGGAGGACUUUGCCAGGCGCUGUGCUUUGGCAGAGGAGUACAGGAAUCAACUUCAGAUGCAAAUUGCCCACCAGCAGAAGGCUCGAGAAGCAGAAAAGGAAGAGGAACGCCAGGAAUUUGAAGCGGGAAUGGCAGCAAACAAAGCUGGCCUGGAAAAAAUACAGAGGAUCCUCUCUGAGCAUCAAAUUCUAUCCCAGAGCGUUCACCCCAUGCGCAGGGGUUACCCUGACAAGCCUUCUCUAUAGUUUUAUACAAAUCAAUGAAUGUUUUCUGGGUCUCUCACUAUUUUUAACUACACCUUUUAACUAAUGGAUAAACUCUUAUUCUCUGAGUUUGUAUACUUUGUUGGACAUAAUUUUCUUUCUUCAAAAUAAAUUUGUUCUUUGGAUACUAGUUAAUUCUAUAUUGCCAUAGCAAAAUACCUAACAUUACCAACUUAAAAAGAAUAAAGAUUUGUUUUAGCUUCUGGU